CCACCCGCACACCUCUCCCUCCUCGCUCCUCUCCUCCACACGCUCAAAACGCUCUGUCAUGGCGUCCUCCAACAAUGUUACCCCCACCAACUGUGGCUGGUGGCCCAUCUCCGCGAUGGACGAGGACGGCAAAAUCCCAGACGGGAACGAGUGUGAAGACCCCACGGCGGAGCCCAAAGGCGUCAACAAAGACAGGCUCGUUUUGUACCACUGGACGCAGUCUUUCGCCUCCCAGAAGGUCCGCCUCGUCAUCAACGAGAAGGGUCUGGUGUGCGAGGAGAGAGACGUGAGCUUGCCGCUGCAGGAGCACAAGGAGCCGUGGUUCAUGAGGCUCAACCUGGGAGAGGAGGUGCCCGUCUUCCUCCACGGCGGCAACAUCAUCAGUGACUACAAUCAGAUUAUAGACUACUUGGAGACCAACUUUGUGGGAGACACGGUGGGUCAGCUGCUUCCCGCUCCAGACUCGCCCGUUCACGAGCGCGUGCAGCAGUACCGUCAGCUGCUGGACGGUCUUCCCAUGGACGCCUACACGCACGGCUGCAUCCUCCAUCCGGAGCUCACCACCGACUCUAUGAUCCCAAAGUACGCCACUGCUGAAAUACGUCGACAUUUGGUCAACGCCGCGACAGAGCUGAUGAAGUUGGACCACGAGGAGCCCCAACUGACAGAACCAUACCUGUCCAAGCAGAAGAAGCUCAUGGCAAAGAUCUUGGACCACGAUAAUGUCAACUACCUGAAGAAAAUCCUGGGAGAGUUAGCGAUGGUUUUAGAUCAAGUGGAGGCUGAACUGGAGAAAAGGAAACUGGAGUACCAAGGUCAAAAGUGUGAGUUGUGGCUAUGUGGACCUGACUUUACACUAGCUGAUAUCUGCUUGGGAGCCUUGCUGCACAGGCUCAAGUUCUUGGGACUUUCUAAGAAAUACUGGGAGGACGGCAGUCGGCCCAACCUGCAGUCCUUUUUUCUGCGGGUGCAAAAACGCUACGCUUUCCGCAAAGUCCUGGGCGACAUCCACACGACACUCCUCUCCGCGGUCCUGCCCAACGCCUUCCGCAUGGUAAAAAAGAAGCCGCCGUCCUUCUUCGGGGCCUCCUUUCUAAUGGGGUCCCUCGGGGGGAUGGGCUAUUUUGCCUACUGGUUUUUAAAAAAGAAAUACAUGUAGUAAAUGCUCUCAGUGUGUUCAAUGUCUGUGUACAUGUGUGAUGUUCGAACUUUUCUGUAACAUUUGAGGACUGCAGGAAAACCAUAUUGAAUAUAGGAAACACCGAUACUUACCCGGGCGAGUAAAGAUAUGAAAACAUUCCAUAUUAAGACUUGAUUGCACAUUUUCUGGUAGUCGCGGCCUUCAUCGAGCUCACUUGCUCUUGUGUUUGACGUUUGUUGAAGGCAUGCAACCGGUUCACUUAUACAGAAUACUGUACUUCAUUCAAACGUGUGCAGUCAGAGGAGUUAAGUGCCCUUGGCAUGCCCACCACUUGUAUAGUCAUUACUCAUUGCGGCUAAAACCACUCAACCACAGGAAAAUGUAUUACUUCUGAUACCGCGCUGUUUUCGGUAGAAGAAUCAGGGCCCGUGUCCAAAACAAAAAGCAAUCAAGAAAAGUAAUCUAUUUCUAAAGCGUCGAAAAAAACUUUAAAGUUCUCCUGAACUAAAACAUACUAGGAGUGGGGAAGAGGACUUUUCAGAAGCUUAGGAGUUGUCUUAAGCGCUUGACAAAAUGGGUCCAAGAUAAGGAAAAUGCAGCUAUGACAUUGCUAUAAUUUCCAUCCAUUUUCUGUACCGCUUAUUUUCACUCAGGUCACGGGUUGCUAUAAUUUCAAUUAAAUACAUUUUAGUCAGUUAUCAUUGACUUUUUUUGUUGGAAAAAAAAAAAAAUCUAAUUUUUCUCAAAAUAUUUGACUUUAUCCUAAAAAAAAGACCUAUAAAUGAAUUCUCUAAAAAAAAAAAAAAAAGAGAGAAUUCUAUUCAGAUUAUGACUUUAAAUCUGGGAAAAUACGAUUAUCCUUGACAAAGUACAAUUUGCUUUCAUAAGAGUACAAAGUUUAAAAACCUUGUGUAUUUUUAUUUACCACUUUGCUAAAAAAAAUUCCAGCUAUUUCCUUGAAAAUAUUGCUGAAAAAAAUACUGUACAACUUUAGUUAUUUUAUCAGAUUUAUGACUUGAUCCUUGAAAAUAUACAACUUGAUACUUGUACAACCAUUACUUUUUUCGUCCAAAACUACUUAUAUGCUAAAAAUGAGUCUAAAAAAAUGUAUUAAUCUGUUUAUUCUGCAAUUUAUUCUUGACAAAAAUUUGACUAUUCUCAUAUUACCACUUAUCUCUCCCCAAAAAAAUCCCACUAUCCUUGAAAAAAAAGGCUUUAUUCUCAAAAGUAUGAGUUCUAUAAAAAAUGUAUCAGAUUUUUUAUGACCAUUUUUGAAAAGUACUUUAUUCUCAUAAGCAUGACAUUAUUUCAUUGAAAAAAUACAACUGUGCUAAAAAAAAAACAAAAAAAAAAAAAAAAAAAGAAUAUUUUGAAAAGUAUUCACAAUACUAUUCUCGUAACUCAAUUUUUUUGUCGGAAAAACUUUUAUUCUUGAAAAAAUUUGAUUGUAAGAUUUCCUCUUCUUUCCCUCCAAAAAUUGGCUUCAGUCUUGAAAAAAAUAUUACUUUAUUCUGAAAAAAAAUACAACUAUUUGAAAAGUUUUCUCUAAAAUAAAGUUUAUUCUUGUCAGAUUACCAACUUUUUUCUCUAAAAAAAAUGUAUUUUUGAAAAAUAUGACUAAAAAAAAGUGACUAUAUUUAAAGUUCAUUCUCUAAAAUAGUUUUGUUAGAUGACUGUUAUCUUUCAAAAAAUGACAUUACCCUCAAAGAAAUUGUUUGAUAAUUUUUUUUUCUUAAAAAAGUGCUUCAGUCUUGUAAUGACUUAGUUCUCAUAGUUUGUUGUUUUUUUUACUCCUUCAAAAUCUCAAGCGCCAAACUGCAAUUAGUCUGAAAGAACUUUUCACAUCGUUAUGGAUACGGGCCCAUGUCCUUUAGUCUAAAGAGGAAAAGUGACGUUUAACUCAAUUCAAGAAAUUUCACCAAAUACCAACUGUACACGUGGUACAUACUCGCACUUGGUUGGUUUGAGCACCAGAGAUCGCACAGCACACUGUCCGCUGUCACCAAGCAGGAAUUCAACAAUUGUAACCUCCCGAAGCCACGACGACACCGAAGCACUUGGCAAAUGUUGCAUCCUCUUCCACGUGUGUCUCAAAGUGUUUGGAUCCCCAGCAAUAAUGAGCAGGGAAAGGAGUGGACUUUGCUGCUCCUUGUUUUUUUCUUUUCUAUUUGACUGGAACAGAUAAAUGGCAUUUGCAUUCAUUUUAAUGGGAAAAGAGGAUCUGUCAAAUGACUGUUUUGAGUUACGGGCGUCGUCAUGAACGGAACGAAUCAAACUCAUAUCUCAAAGUACCACUCUAUACUGAAUUAAUGAUAUUACUUUACUCACAAACUGACUUACAGUCGUGCUCAAAAAUAUUGGCUCCCCUGGGGUGUCAAUAUUUUUUGAGAAUGUAUAGUCAAUUAUAUAUUAUACAUAUAUAUUUAUCCCAAAAAAUCUUCUCAGUAUUCCGGCAUUUACCAAAUACCAACUAUUUUGGUAAUUCUGAUGGACCUACAACAGGAAGAGUUUAGUCUGAUUUCAUGUCAGAUCAUCAAGAAAAAAAACAAAGCAUGUAUCGUUUUAUAGUCAUGCUAAAAAAUAUUGGUACCCCUGGGGUGCCAAUAUUUUUUUAGCAUGACUAUAGUGUGAAAUGUGGCCAUGUUCUGUUCAACACUUUACUAUUAUUCAGAGGUAUGAAUGGCAACAGAUGAAGUGAAUCUCGUGGAAGAGCGUUUAAUUUUUUUCCAUAUACGUCGCAGGCAUAGAUAAAUGAACAAAGAUGCAUUAUUUGUUGACUAAUGUGCUUGGGAAUCACUGCUCUUCGCGACCUCUGCAUCCACUUUCUUUUCAACCGCACUGACAAACUUUAACCUACAUUUGGAUAGCCGUGCAUCCUCGCUCUUGCACGAGGAGCAGUGAUUUCAUGGCACAAGUGUGGUAAUUUAAAGACGUUAGAGGAGGUUUUGGCUUGUGAGCGAAUGAACAUUUGAGUGUGAUUUAACUUAGUAGCAAAAUUACAGCUGUGUUCAGUAUAUAAAUAAAAAUGCUCAGAAUCCUUCCCAAAGUGAAUUAUGAGCACUGAACAUUCUAUUCCAACUCAAAACAUGGAAAAACAUUCAUGUUAUUCCUUUACAGAAACGAAAAAAAGAAUGACCCGAUUAGAAAAUGUGAGCUAUUGCUCUCCUGUGAAUCACUGAUUUAUUUAAUUGAACAAGCACUGUUCCUCAAGGCUGAAGUUUUAACCUUUGAACUUGGAAUUGAUAUCUUUGUUUUGCUAUGGAACUGACUGUGCAGUGUUCCCACUGCGUUCUGUUUUGAGUGAAUGGAACUCAAAUCUAUCAUGAGGACACCGAGUCACUUUAUAAAACACACUGGCUAUUAUUGUGAACACAAUGUUGAUAUUUGCAUCAAAGCCCUCCACUGAUAAAGGGCAAAUGAGGAGAGUGCAAGUGAGCUUACAUUAUUAUGAUUUCCUGGUUGGAUUGUGACUCGGCCUCUCGGCAAGGCCUGGAAACUCAUGCAUCACGCACACACAAUCAAGAAAUUCUAUUUGUGAUUGUGGCCGUUAUAUCUCACAAUAGUAUUUUUUUUAUUUUUUUAUAUUUCGAAAUAUGCAUUUAUUUAUGGUAUUUUUAUGAUGUUUGUUCAUAAGCCUUAAUUUAUUCAGUUGCCAUCAAUGACAAAUAAAUACUAAAAGAAAAA